AAGUCGAGAUCUGAAAUUAAUUAAGUAACGCCAGCAGAUCGACCAUAUUACAAGUUACAAUAACAGAAAGCAAUUAAUAGAAUGCUAGCUUUAACUCCUACUCCUCCUCCUCCUCCUUUCAUUUCAACCAAUAUCGUCGGAUGGCCUUUGGAGGACCCCAUUCGCCAUGAAGACCAAAACUACUUCUUUCGGGACAUAGCUACUUCUUCAGACCCUGAUCAGUACUCACUAUUAUUUCUUAAUAAUUACUUCCCCGCUCCACCACCACCGUCCGAUCAAGAUCAUCAUCAUCAUCGGUUUGAAGUUGAUCUCUCUACCACGCCAUCCUCAUCCACAACCAUUACCAUUAACACUACUACUGAUCUCACCAUGGUCAAGAAGAAGCUUAAUCACAAUGCUAGUGAGCGUGAUCGAAGAAAGAAAGUCAACCAUAUGUAUUCGGCUCUUCGUGCCCUACUUCCAAUUUCGGAUCAUACGAAAAAAUUGAGCAUUCCGGCCACAGUGUCUCGUGUGCUAAAAUACGUACCAGAGCUACAGGAAGAAAUCGAGGGACUAGUUCAUAUGAAGAAAGAGCUAUUGUCAAGAAUUAAAUCAAGGCAGCAAGGGAAUACUACUACUGAUCAAGAAAUUAACAAAAUUAAAAGCACAGCUCCAAACUCAUUAUCUUCUAUUUCAGCAACUCAACUCAGUGAUAAAGAAGUUGCAGUUCAAAUCUCCACAUAUAAACUCCACAACAACCUCUUGUCUCAAAUGUUGCAUAAUUUGGAAAAUGAUGGCCUUUCAUUACUCCACGCCUCUUCAUUUGAGUCCUUUGGAGGAAGGCUCUUCCAUAAUUUACAUCUUCAGGUAGAAGGAUCUUAUUGUAUGGAAAGUGGGACUACUUUAGAUAAAAAGCUUUUGUCUUUUCAUGACAAUAAGGAGAAGUUAUUGAUUAUGUAAUAAUUAAUUUAGACUUCUGAUGAGAUAGGGAUCGAGCGUGUUAUUUUGAAGCUAUUGGAAAUGUAAUCAGAAGUAUUAAUUUGUAAUAUUAGUUAGUCUGUUAGCUUUGACUUUUAUGCUUUGUUAGAAGCCGUUAUAUUAUGUUAAAAAGUUGUUUAGUUUGUUAGUUUUCUAACUAUGCUCUUGUAUCUUCUCCUAGAAAUAAAGCUCCUCGCUAAACUUUUUCAUU